AUGAGGAUCAAAGGCCACCAAGCAGAAUUAAGUUACGGGUCGGGUCAAAUUAACCCGACAAGAGCGAUUCACCCUGGUCUAGUCUACGACAUAGACGAAAGCUCCUACUUAGAAUUCCUCUGUCAAGAAGGGUAUAACAGCACAAGCAUAGGACUAUUAAUCGGCGGUAACGACAAGACGAAGAAAGAAUACAGAUGCGUGGAUCGCAAGCGAGGGUUAGGUUCUGACGGGUUAAAUUAUCCGUCGAUGCAUAAGCAAGUGAGUGAUACAGAGACAAAAGUGUCGGAGGUUUUUUACAGGACGGUGAGGAAUGUCGGAUACGGAGAGUCGAUCUACGUGGCUAGGGUUUGGGCGCCAAAGGGUUUUAGAGUUGAGGUUGUGCCUAAGGCUAUGAAAUUUGCUAAGCCUGGAGAGAAGAUGAAUUUUAAAGUUUCGGUUGAUGGAGUUUGGGUAGAGACGAUGAGAGGGAUUAUUUCGGCUUCUGUGGAAUGGGAUGAUUCGAGAGGGCAUCUUGUGAGAAGUCCCAUUCUUUUGUUUCAGUCCGGUAACGAUGACAGUUAG